UCCUUCAAGUGGAACAGAACGGAUUCCGUCGAGGAAUUGCCGCUGCCCUGCCCUGCGCUCUCCGCGAGCAGCCCCAGGGCCCCAUGCCGUCCUCGAAGCGGCGGGAGCCGCGCGAAACAUGGGACUGCAGCAACUGUGGCUAUGCCGUGUUCACCACCCGACAGGAGUGUCCCAAGUGCAAGACCCCUUGGAGGGAUCCAAAGAAGUGGGCGAAGAAGCAACGGCAGAAGCGCGGAGCUCGAGUUCGGGAAGGACAAAUGGGAAGAGAAUGGACACUGGGAAGAUCGCGGCGAGGAUGAGGAGAAUGCAUGGCAGAGAGAACGGGACACCGUGGAGAACGAGGAUGAGAAGAGUGGUGCAAGCGAUUGGAGAGAAGACGAUGAGGCGCACCUGGCUAGACCUACCAGCCCAGAUCCUGACAAGUGGAAGGAUGAGAAAGAUAUUCCAGAGGAUGCGGAGGCUUGGAAAGGCGAGGCAGACACACCUCAGGGCCGCGGAGAGGAGCCGCCGGAGCCCGCCGAGCCGCCCUCGAAGAAGCAGCGGCGGAGCUCCCAUACGUGGUCCGAGCGUGACCGUGACGAGGGUGAGUGGAAUUGCUCCUUGUGCAAAGCCUUGAACUUCGCCUUCCGUCGGAAGUGCUUCAAAUGCAAAGCUGAGAAACCCAGGAAUGAGGGCGAUUGGAUCUGCACACUUUGCAGUGGCCUCAACAGCAUGCAUCAACGCGAGUGCUUCCGCUGUGGCGAGCCCACCGACGAGCAGGACGAACCGAAGAAAGAGGCACCUGCUCCGUUGACUCUCUUCUCCUCGGAUCACCCGGAGGACAAGGCGGAGGAGGGCGAGGACGCCGUGGAGGGCGAGGCGGCUGAGGGCGAGGAAGCCGCUGAAGAGGCGGAAGAGGAGGAGAGGUCCAGUCCAGUGCCACCGAAGAGUCCCCCUCCACGUAUGGCUUCUCCGGUGCGCACGUCCCCGCCGCGCUUUCCACCCCCGCAGCCCAAGGGGCCACCGCCCAAGCACCGCGCGAACGCCUCGCGCUCGCCGCCGCGGCUGCCCUCGGCGCCGCCCAAGGGCCUGGCGCCGCAGGCGAAGUCGGGGCUGCCGGCCAAGGCGGCGCCGAGAUCGGGUCCGCCUCCGCGCAAGGAGAGAGGGCUGCCAAAGCAGACGCCUAAGGAGCUGCCUAAGGCGGUGCCAGAGGAGGUGAUGAAAGAAGUGGCUCCGCAAGAGGCGGUCAAGGUCUUUGCACGGUUGUCGCCCAGCUUCAAGAAGUCCUGGGUGCAAUAUUGCCGGAUGCUGCGAGACACCUCGGACCCCAGCAAGUUGGAGUUGGAGUUCAUCCAGCAGUUCUUGGACUACUUGGGAGCUCUCAUUGAAGCAGACCUGCCGCCGCAGCCCUCCUUGCCACCCUUGGCCACGAAGCCCAAGGAAGCCACGGUCUCUAUCAGGCGCUCGGUGGUGGACUGCAUCACCAAGCUCAACGAGACGGGAAAGCUGAAGAAGGAGCUUCGGCUGGAGAAAGUGGCCCAGUUCUUGUCGAAGUUGGAAGAGGAGAAGGGCUUGCAGGUGCUGGCUUUGCUACGGAAGCACAUGCUUCAGGUCGCGGAUCCCAACGAGUUUGUGCGAAUUCAAGCGUCCCUGGAGCAACGCCGCGGCUGAGGACACCGGUGCUGCCGCUGGAGAGCACGGUGCGUAUGGAGAGCUCGCGGUCCGACAAAAGCGGCACGGGGCGGACGGGACUUGGCCGGUGGAACAGACGGGGGAACCAGUGGAACCAGCAGAUGGAUGCUGGUUCCAGUGGUGUGGUUGUUCAGGGUGUGGUUUACCU